AUGUCGGGAAUGACGGGAGCGAGUAUGCUGCGCACGCGACGCAAGGAUGUCAACGUCAAACCGAACCGCAAAUUGGACCGCAAGUCUUCGCGGGGUAUGCUUUACGAAAACGAAGAGCUUCGUUUGCGAACUAUCAAUAUCAAUGCAGAAAUUGAAAGAGGUCAGUCAGAUAUAAAAAAGUUGAAAAGGGAGAAUGAGCAGCUGAAGCGGGAGAUAUCGGCUCUCCGCUACGAAUAUGACAGGCUCGACAGAAUGCUGCGCGAGCGCCGCUCGUCGCCUGAACACUCGGACGACAGCGCGUCAAUGUGCAGCGCGUGUCCCGAGUGCACGAGCGUGGACGGCUCUGCGCGUGCUGUCGCCUUUCAUGACCUCACCGUCGUGCCCGAAGAGGGGGAACAGGAGAAUAAGAGCGGCAGCGCUACCCCCUGCAUCUGUGAGGAAUGUCAGAGAGAGGCUAAACGCAAAUCAGACGAGAAAGAUAAAAAAUCUGAGGAAAAGACCAACCAAAAAGAUCCAGAUACACCUGUCACGAAACAACCGACGCAAUCCCAGAACAAUGCGCCCGCGCAGCCAAAUACGGAGGACAAUGAAAACGAGCGAACCGUUGAUGUUCUAGUACAUGACGCGCCAAAUAUGCCGAGCUUCUUUCAAGCCGUCGCGUCACAUCCCUGCCAUAUCGUCGCACCGCCGCCCCCCGGUUUCGUAACCACACCAUAUCAAGCGCCACGCUUCCCCACGGGUGGGAACGUCGAAGACUUGCUGGGAGAGGUACAACAUUCUCAGACCACGAUACAUACCACUUAUAUCCAACAGAAUUCAGUGUUCAUGUGCAAUACACAAAAGAUUCUCCAAAACCAUUGUUGUUGCCAGAAUCGUGAAGAGAGCAGCACCAAGCAAGAAGUCUGUCAAGAGCAACCUAAAUGCUAUGUGACCGAGAAGAAUAUUGAACUUACGUACGAUUACCCCAGAACCACACCCAUUCCAAGUAGCCCUAGUCCGAAGUCGAGCGACGAACUACAAACUACCACGACAGAAGUGGCGAGCACUGUCGUCUUUGUGGAGAGACGGAUUCCAGUUAAACCGAAAAAAUUCGACUUCUUCUUCCGUUCUCGUUCAGCGCCAGUGGGGGAGAACGAGGAACCAAUAUACGCGACAGUGAACAAAUUGCCAAAAAGACUACGAAGAAUGGAGUUAGCCAAUUUAGAAAAGGAAGUCGCAUACAAAACCGGCGACCCCGAGUCGUCCACUCGAACAGAAGUAACCCAGAAGACAGAUUCAGAGUCACAAGCACAACCGCCCGAUGACGAUACUAGUCGGUCAGAACGGGAGAAGUCCACCGUGUUACCGCGGCCGGAAUCUCCCAAAGCGAAAAAGCGGAAGCGCUUCUCGCUUACAUUUAAGAAAAGAGAAAGAAAGAGGCGCGAGAAAAAGAAAGAAGUGAAGAACGGAACAAAGAAUGGGGUAGUCCAAGUAGAGAGUGACAACGAGAGACUGAUCGAGGAGCAAGAGCAAAAGCACAAGCACUGCACGCGGCAUCGUCCGCGCACCACCAUGUCUUCUUCGAGUUCGUGCCCGCGGUACAAGCGGGACAGCUACCAGGAAAUGACAACUUCUCACUCGGAGCACGAAAGAACCAACAGUGUCUGUUCCUCCAUGAACUCGCUGGCUUCAGCCUGCACCCACAAGUCUAGGAAAUUGUCUGCCGUGCCCCAGACAGACUCGAUCCCCUGGUGCGGUUGCUGGGGGGCCGGAUGCGUCUGA